AUAAUUUUUAUUGCUAAUUAAUUAUGUCUUCUUCCAAGAUCUUUUAUUCACCUUCACGUUCUAACGUUUCUAAUGUAUAAGCUUAUGGAGGAGAUAGAGCUUUGUCACCUAGUAGAGCAAAAAUAUCUUAAUUAUCAGAAAAAUUAUCUAAUUUAUAACACUAGAUAGAUGAAGAUUAAGCUGUAAGAAUUAAUAGUUAAGAAUCAAUAGUUUAAAAAGGAAACAUUUGAAACUAAAGUUAAGAUUUUAGAAGAUAAGGCCACAAAGUAGGCUUAGGCUGAUGACUCAAAAUUUAAGUUAUUGAAAGAACAGCUUUAAAAAGUUGAAGAAGGAGCUUAGAAUGAGAAAAUAAUUAGAGAGGUAACUAUAUGUUAUUAAUGAUAGGCUGGAGAUGAAAAGUUAAGAUCGAAGGAUUUAAAAAGUUUGGAAGGCUUUCUAAACAGAGAACUAUAAUAAGAGAAAGUAAAUAGGAAAGAUUUUGAAGGAAAAAUAAUCAAGAAUACAGAUGAUAAAGUUUACAGUUUAAGGUUGGAUUUAGCUAGAUAGAAGAAAUAUAGAGAAGAAACAGAAGAAAAGAAUGCUCAGGAAAUAGGUGAUCGCAUUUUAUAACUAUAAGAGGAAGUUGAGGAAGAAAGAAGAUAAAGGUAAAUAUUUUUAUAAUUCGAUAGAGAAUAAUAAAACUAAAAUACUAUCAAAAGAUUGGGUGAUUCCAUUUUGAAAUUAUAAGAAAUAUUAACAACUGAAAAGAAAUAAAGAGAGCAAGCUCAAAGCUAAAUGUUCAGAAUGUUAGAUGAAAUGAAUCACUAUUUAAAUAAUGAAUUACAUAGUGAAAAGAAUGAGAGGGAAGCAACUGAAGAGAGUCUCAUCAAUUUAAUUGAUCAAACUUGCAACAGAGUCGAAAAUUCAUUAAGAAAAUGA